AUGUCCAGAAUUGCUCCAUACACAAUGACCACGGGACUUGAAGGAUACAUGGACCACUCCUCCAGUAUAAACUUUCAGCAUGGUUCUGUAUUGAUGGACCCGGUCCAGCGCCUCCAGCCGUCCAUGGCCGAUGCCCCUCCAUUUCACGAUACCAGCAUCCUUCGGCCAAUUAUGGCGGGAGGGCAGACCAUCAAGCCAGAGAUCCAGGCGAAGAUCCACAAGGGAUUUUUCCAAAUCAACGAGAACUGGACCUGUUACCGGCGCAAUUACAUCUCCAUCUCAUGUAGCUUUUCCCUGCAACCGUGGACACACGGGCCCAUGUUCCUCACGUUUCCAGACAGCACAACACAGAGGAUCAUUGCGUUUUCAAUGUCAAUAUCAGCGAUUGUGAAUGGGCAGUACAGCGAGAUCAGAGAGUUAGUCCAGCACAUGCCAAAACGUGACAAGCAGUCCGAGCGAAAGCCCGCCAAGGUGGUGCUACAGCCCAGUCAACCGCCGCCGUUAAUACCCGUCCCAGGCUCAAGCCCAAACAACAGUGACCACGGAUUCUUCCUGGGCUCGUCAGCUGCGCGGAUGGGGUUGGAGUACAGUGGCUCCUACACUGGCGCUACACAACCGUCUCAGCCUCCAACUCAGCAUACAUUUGAGCGGAUCCAGUUCCAGAAGGCCACGGCAAACAAAGGGAAACGCCGGGGCCAACAACCGUAUUACAGUCUAGUUGUGGAGCUGUACGCGGCUGUUGAGAACCCCGUCAGUGGAGCCGACACCCUAUGGGUCAAAAUCGCCCGGCGACUGUCGGAUCCAGUGGUUGUUCGGGGUCGAUGA